UAGAUAUAAUGUAAACAUGAAGGAUGAGAUCUAGUGUUAGUGUUAUCCUAUCAGAUCCAGCUCCGGACUAUACUAUGGCCUUUCCCGACUACAAACAGACCUGCUCCGACCAUGCCAGGUUGCUUGUUUUGAUUGCAAGGAUUGGUCAUCAGAUGUCAGAGCAAACCUUUCAACAGGUUUCCAGCUUAAUCAAACAGGUACAUGAGGUUCCUGUUGUAAACAAGGAUGGAUUGACCCGGAAUAUUGGUGUACGGUACACGCAUCAUUAUCCGUUAGAAAACAACGAAUGGGGAGAAUUUCAGGCUCAUAGACGUAUCCUGGGAGUGGUUAGUGUUGGAUCUUGUAGUUCUCAAGUAGAACUGAACGAGUUGUGCCGGCUCCAUGAGACCGUCAAGAACAAGUUCAUCAACACAUUGUUUGACUCCAGGUGUAUAGUUCUCUGUGACUCCGAGAACGGGGUUGAUGAGGAGAAAACUCUUCAUAUUCAGGAGGAUGUAGAUACGGAUGGAGGAGGAGAGGUUGAUAAACCUCCAUCCUGGUUCCAACCUCAGAAUCAUAAAACACGACUUCUUCAGUUUCAUGGAGCUAAAUAUUCAGCUGCUCUUACCGCAGACCUAAAGGAUUUUAUAGCCUCGUUGUUCUGGAUCCUGGAGUCUAAACGUGUAGAGUGGAGUAGGGAAACCGGAGAGAGAUCAACGCUACUCUGCGCACCCUUCGAGCGUAAGGACUUCGUGGGCCUCGACAUGGAGAGCAGGAACAAUAGAAAAAGAGUUCUAGGACGUCAGAAAAAACAUCUCGGGGAUUUAAGUUUACUAGCUGGACUUCCAGCUGAAGCUUGGAACUAUUAUCAGGUUGGAUGUGAUGUGCUUCGUCCUGCCAACGACUGGUUGUGGUUGGCAGGUUGCCUGGAGGGGUUGUGUGCGGUAUCUAUGUUGCUGCAGGAGAGACAGGAGAAGGGGGUUAGCUUCGGUGCAGUCGGACUCUCAUGGGAGGAGGUCAUUGAGAAAUAUCGUGAGUGUGUAAACCACUACGCCAAGUACAAGUAUGCGGGUAUUAUAGAAACAGAAGCAUCGCUUAAAGCUGUCGUUAUUCUAGUCAAACAUAGAAGUUAUCUACUAGCCUCCGAGUUCCUACAGAAUAUUGUUUUCAUAAAUCUUCAGCUCAGUGAUCGGGAGAAAAUUGAAAGAUUUAUAGCUCUCAGCAACCUAUAUAGUCAGAUUGGGUUUCGGAGAAAAGCUUCUUUUUUCCAGCGUGUAGCGGCAAUGCGUUGUGUAGCACCUCAGAAUCCGUCCCAUGAUUGGGCCUCCUGUUAUUCCUUGAUGCUGGAGUCAGUAAAAGGAUACAACCUAAAUCUAGGAUCCUGCUCACGACCGGAGACAGGAUGGCCAACCCUGCAGGUUCAACUUCUCCAGGAGUUGGUUGGAACUUCAAGGAAGAUGGGAGCACAUGCUGCGUCUACUCGACAUAUGACAUUUCUAUUCCAGUGUAUGUAUCCCUGGUUAUCCCAGACUGAGCGCCAGGACUUUGCAACCCAGCUCUCCGUGCUCUCCCAGCGCGCAGUGAGCACCCCUGCUCCCCUAGCACUUGAGACCUCGCUCUUCAAGGGCGCACUGUAUCCUAUGUCGGGGAAGAGUGUUCUUCCACCCGUUAACAUCAUCUGUUUACCCAAGGUUUCAAGUGUUCAAGCAUCUCCUCUACCUGGUAACCUAGCCCCCUUCUCAGCUCCGAGCCUCCCAAAGGUUCAAUCCGGACCCUUCCUCUUUACUCCGAUAAUGAACCUGGGUGGCGGGGGCUCAGCUCGAUCCUCAGGUCGGAGUAAACUCCGCUCCGUAACCUGGGUUCAGAACGAUACUGCGGAGGUGUCGCUCCAGGUUCAAAAUACACUCGGAGUUGAAGUCAAGAUCUCAAACUUUUCUAUCACCUGUGACGGAAUAGACUUUGAAGUGAUACCUAGCCAUGUGAUGCUUGAGUCACAUCCCAACCCUCAAACUGUGAUAAUCCGGGGAGUUCCAAAAUCUGAAGGAGUUCUCCGUCUACUAGGAUACUCCCACUCCGUUCUAGGAGUAACCUCCUUCUGCAACCUCAAGGAUAUUCCAGGGAUAGAAGAGGAGUGCAUCAAGGUUCAAGUUGUUUGUCCGCUCCCUGUCAUAGACAUUCACUGCGAGGAACUAGUUUACUCCGAACCUGAACUCCAGGAGGACGAGGAGGAGGAGCUGGACUUGGUGGACGGACAAUCUUGGAAAAAAAUUGAAUCCCUUAAUUUAUUUAGUGGAGAGACACAAACCUUGCGUCUAGUAAUUCGUAACACAGGAUCCGUCCCAGCUCUGGGUCUAGAUCUCCGUUGGGUUGGAGAGGAGGGAGAACCACCUGACCUGGAGUUAGAUAAAACAUUGAUCAAGGAUAAUUUACCUCUGAAACAAGGAGAUUUUUUCACAAUUCCUUUAAUACUGAAGGGAAUAAAUAAUCAAAAUUUUAGGGCUGAUGAUUGUUUGAGUACAACGGGUUCCGACUCAAGAUGGAGUGCUUCAGGUUUCAACUCUCUUCAGAGUAAACUCUCUCAUCCUCAAUCCUUACCUAGUCAUCUCCCUGUUCCUCCCUCCUUACAUCCUGGAUCCGGAAACCCGUCCCUGCUCUCCCAGCUCAGUGAGACGGAUCAUCCUAGAUCUCUCCUUAGAUUUAAGGUUGAGGUGAAGGGGUCUGAAACUGAAUGGUGCCGAAGAUCUGAAUAUGUUUUGAUAGUUUAUCAAGUACCCAGCAUUUCUGUGUCUAGGUGGGACGUACUACCCGGAGAAAGAGCUGAUAACUGUUUCCUGGUUCUAGACCUGGUUAACAGGACAGGAGAGGAGAUAGAGCUCACAUAUACUGUCAGGAAGCAACUACAGAUAGAGGCGGGGGACGUAUGCAGGGUUCCAGUUCCUGUGGAGAAAUGUAGUUUCAGUGACAGUUUAGAUUGGUUGGAGGGGGGAGAGGAGGUUAAUAGAUAUAUGGAGGAGAGGGUUCAUCUACACUGGAGUCUAGGGGAGGGGAGGAGCAGGAGAACUGGUCAGGCAUCCCUAUCCGGAGUAAUGUGGACGGAGUGUAUGCUUGAGAUGCUCCGGAGACCCCCGCUAGCCGCUUCUGUACUCAUCAACGGGGUGGAGUGUGUGGAGGGUAGGGAUACUGAGGUCAGGGUCGGGGAGAUGGUUGAGGUUGAGGUGGAGCUGGUCAACUCUCUUCUUGAACCUGUUGAAGAUUGUCGUCUUCUAGUCCGACUAGAACAGGAUAGUACAGGUUCAGCCGCAGUAGGAUGCAGUGGAGGAAGUGGUCUCCACCUACCCGGAGAACUAGGAGCUGGACGGACUUGUUCUCACUCCAGUAGUCUGCUUCCUCUGUCUCCUGGUCACUACUCUCUACUAGUCUCCAUCUCCCUUGUAUUCCGGACCCGGAUACACUCCUGGAGAUUACCCAAUCUUACACUUAAUGCUGUAUUGUGACACUAAACACAUAAUUCAACAAUUGGAAAUUUAUUAUAGAGUAUAUUAGCUAGUUGAUUAAAAAGUAUCUUGUCCA